ACAAGAAUAUUCAGUUUCCAAUUCAGUUCAGUUUACAUGGUAUCAGAGCUGAUAUUCUCUGUUUAUCUUCAGUCACCUCUCUAGCCUUUGUUCAGAAUCAGCAUCCGAAAUCUUAUGUGUGCUGGGAACCAACUUCAGUCCUCUCUUCAGUCAGCUCUCUCUGUCAAAAUCUGAAAACCCAUUUCUGCGUUCUGAUUCUCCCUUAAUCUGCCGAUCACCUGUCAGCACUUGCUUGUCAAUCUCAGCCUUCCUCCGACCUCCGACGCCCCUCGCCGGAGCACCGUCAGCCACUUCCAGCACUCAGUUACUGUUCGUCAGUCACUAUUCAGUAAUGUUCAUCAGUUUCACCAAACAUUUUGUUUCAAUCUGCUCCCGCAACACCUCGUUGCGCCAGUAACUUUGUUCCUGAACCUUUGCUUCUAUCUGUGAGUACUUUUUCAUAUCACGUCGGAAGAUAAAAUUUCAAGUAUUAGUGUCCGUUUGAAUGGGGCCAAUUAUUCUUAUUAGUCAAGGGUCAUGAAGAAUUUUAUAUCUGGUCAAGGCUUGUGGGGACAUGUUACUGGCUCAAUUGUAACACCAUCUGAUAAAGAGUCAAAGACUUAUGCCACUGAUUUUGCGAAAUGGGAGUGAGAAAACGGAAAAAUCUUGACUUGAUUUCACAAUUCUUCAGAAUCAAGUAUUGGUAUGAAUUUCUCAAAGUAUGAAACUGCUAAGGAUGUUUGGGAGUAUUUGAAAAAUAUGUAUUUUGAGUACAAUUUCGCAAGAGUAUGAACUUGAGUUAUCAAUCCGUAAUGCUAGUCAAGGUGAUAAAUCUAUUCAAGAGUUCUAUAAUGAUAUGACUGGUUUUUGGGAUCAGUUAGCUCUUAUGGAACCAUCUGAUCUGCAACUACUUGAUAGUUAUGUGAAGUAUCGUGAGAAAAAGCGUCUUGUUCAGUUUCUCAUGGCUCUUCGGUCUCAGUUUGAGCCUCUGCGUGGGGCUAUUCUGCAUCGAUCUCCGUUGCCCUCAGUUGAUGGGGUUGUUCAUGAGCUCAUAGCUGAGGAGACACGGUUCAAAGUGGCGAAUCUAUCUCCUUCGUCACAAUCUGUUUUUGUCACUCGAUCUUCUCCGCCAGUACAACACUCUGCACCCCUCUUGCCCAUUCCAGCAUCCCAUCAGACUCAGGUUUCAAGCCGACCUCGCAUUCCUGUUGAUGAGUGCGGUUAUUGUCAUCAGAAAGGUCAUUGGAAACACGCAUGUCCUAAGCGUGUUCAGCAAACUCAGGGUCGACAUAAUUCUCAUACCGGUGGCUCCUCUGUUCCCAGGGCAUCUCAACCGCACUAUCGCCCUUCUGCAGCCGUGGCAGCACCCACCUCUGAAGCCAUACCUUCUUCUCAUAUGCUAGAGCAAUUUCAGCAGUAUAAGGCUUUCAUGGAAGCUAUUCAGGGAGGAUCUUCCCAAGCUUCUGCCAUGUCCUCUAUUCACUCAGGUUUGCAUGGCUCCAAUGUCACAGGAUCGGGAAUCCAAGAAGCAGAUUGGGACCGGCCGUAGAGUUAGUGACCUCUAUAUCCUGGAAUCCUUGCACCUCCCACUGAAGUCUUCCCCUGUUGCUGCUUCGUCUUUCCGUUUACACCACACAUCUUCCCCUUUUUAUCUUUGGCAUUCUCGAUUAGGACAUUUGUCUAGUGAGCGUCUUAAGCUUUUAGCUCAAUCAGGUCAUUUGGGUAACCUUUCUGUUGGUGACAUUUCGGAAUGUAGUGGUUGUAAACUUGCCAAGAUGUCUGCAUUACCUUUUAGUAAAAGCACUCCCGUUUCUUCAUCUCCGUUUGCUCUUGUCCAUACAGAUUUGUGGGGUCCAUCCCCAAUAACUACAAAGGGUGGUUCAGUUUAU